AUGCCAGGCUCAAUCAUGGAAAACACCGACGCGCCAAUCGCUCCGCCCACCACACACAUCCAGAAUGCCCCGCGCCUACAACCCCGCCACGCGACACUGAACAAGAACAACCAAAACACCCCCAUCACAUUGUAUCCGAUCUCCAGCGGUGCAAGCAGUCUCCCUGAGGGUCUAGUCGAGUUCCUAUGGCGGGAAUUCAAUGCGGAGAUCGAGCGGGGAUCUACGUAUCCGAUGGAUAGGACGUUCUCGCUAGAGAAAUUUGCGGAGUAUUGGUUUGGGACGUUUGCGGUUGUAGUGCUGAUGGGUGAAGAGGAGGAGAUUAAGGAUGACGGGAGGGAUUGGGAGAGGGAGUGUUUGGGGACGUUUUAUAUUAAACCGAAUUAUCCUGGUCGUUGUUCACAUGUUUGCAAUGGCGGGUUCAUCACCACGACUGCUGCACGGGGUAAAGGCGUAGGUUCUGUGAUGGGAGAGACGUAUUUGGAAUAUGCACCGAAGUUGGGCUAUCGAUACUCCGUCUUCAAUCUCGUCUUCGCCAAUAAUCCCGCUUCUAUCAGGAUCUGGGAGAAGCUGGGCUUCAAUGUCAUCGGUCGUGUACCUGGUGCUGCGCAGUUGGCCAACAGUGAGGAACCGGUAGAUGCGCUGAUUUUCGGGCGGGAUUUAGUAUGA